AUGAAAGCAGAGGUUGUGAAAUUGUUGUUGGUGAACCUAGCAAGUAUUACGCAGAGAGCUGACGAGUCGUUGUUGCCAGGGGUGUACAAAGAGAUGGGGGCCAGUCUGCACACGGACCCAACUGGGUUGGGCUCACUCACUCUGUUCAAAUCCAUUGCCCAGUCUCCCUUGCUAUGCGGACUGGCAAGUGAUAUUGUUAGUGUUUUAUGUUGA